CUCUCAAGGGAAUCAUCUCAACUCGACGCGGAAGCCCUCUCCACUACGCCACUCCGGACUUGUUGGACUAUCUACACAAAUUACGGCCUCACUCAGAAUGCGCAAGGUUUUGGCGGGGCCAGCUGACCGCUUGCCAAGACCACCUUAUGACGCUGAGAUAGACGCGAUAUUCAAGGCUCUAGGCGGCACGCCUGAGAGGUAUGAGGUUGAGAAGCUUAGGAAGGAUGCGGCGGCGAGGACUCGGCCUCUCACGAACGCUCUCCUUACCGAUGAGAGUGUUAAAGUCGACGACGUCACAAUCCCUGGGCCUCGAAGGGAUUUAACGGUCUCGGUUGUACGGCCAGCCGCCGCGACGGGUGAUCAGCAUCCAUGCAUUUUCUACAUCCACGGUGGUGCCUUAGUUGCAGCAGAUCGCUUCGCGGGAUUGGAUACUAGUGUCGUAUGGGCAAGGGAGUUCAAUGCCAUUGCUAUAAGUGUGGAGUACGGACGUGCGCCAGAGAAUACCGGUACGCAGCCUGCAGAAGACUGUUACGCAGCAUUAAUCUGGGCCGGUAAGCACCUCUCAGAACUAGGUAUCGACCCUGACCGACUGCUGCUCUACGGCACGUCUGCUGGGGGCGGUUUGGCGGCGGCCACAGCAUUGAUGGCACGUGAUAAAGGCGGCCCGAAGCUGUGUGGCCUUGUUCUCGAAUGCCCCAUGCUCGACGAUAGGAACGAAAAGGUCUCUUCUCAACAAUUCUCCACCGGUCCAUUUUAUAACUCGACUCUAAACAGGUUUGCCUGGCGUUGCCUCCUCGGUGAGCGCGCUGGGAGCAACUCUGUUACUGAAUACGAAGCACCCGCUCGAGGGGAUGAUCUCUCAGGGUUACCACCGACAUACCUCGACUGCGCUUCGGCUGAACCGUUUCGGGAUGAGAUUGUGGCAUUCGCCUCCAAACUAUGGGAAGGUGGGGUUCAAGCAGAGCUUCAUGUGUGGCCUGGUGGCCCCCAUGGAUAUGAAAGAAUAGUUCCUACCGCGCCCUUUGCUAUAAUGGCAAGACAGACCAGAUUGGCCUGGAUUCGUAGAACUUUUUUUCAAGCAGCCUAAAGGGCUUGGCUAUUGGAUUUGCCAGUGUCAUUAAAUCCAUAGCCGCUACGUAAUCACAUUAUGUGGCUCCACGGUCAAACGAUUCGGUGGUCUGUGGGAGGUUGUCUGGACUAUUCCAAGUAUAGGGGGCGUCAAUGCCUCCUAUCUACCCACGUAUAUAUCCAGAUUGUGCGUUCACAAGAGGAAUUUUAGGUUCGGGUUCUGUAUUGGUUACAAGUUUUCCCACCGGGAGAAUGUACAACAUUUGCUAUGCUUUAGCUACCGGAUGGAUAGAUCUUUUUGGUUGGUGAACAGCCUUACCAACUGCUUAAAGGUGUAUUAAUAAUCAGUCCGCCAUAGUUAGAUUCGUAAAUUGGUAAAAUUAACCCAUAACGUUA